AUGACACGAACUAUUGAAGACAUCGUCCUCGACCACGACCGGCGGGGGAUCGGCGCGCUCCGGCCCCACGUCCCAGGCGACUUCUGCGCCCAGGCCGCACGUUAUAUCCUCGGGCAUCCGGGCCCGGUGGUCAUCACCACCGGAUUCUACAUCCUGAUGAGCGAUGCGCCGGAAACCGACGGGCCGCCCGGCGCGUUUGCCAUCGGCAAUGCCGUUCGCGAUCUGGGCCACCCGGUGAUCUACGUGGCGGACCGGCCGGUGGCCGGGAUGAUGGCAUCCUGGUUGGGCCACGCCGGCGACUCCUCGCGCGUUGUGGAUUUCCCCAUUUCCGAUGACGCCCCAAGCAACGAUGCCUCCGCUGCCGCAAUCGUCGACGAGUUCGGGCCCGCGUUGAUGGUCUCAAUUGAGCGCUGCUCGCCGGACGCCGCUGGCAUCUAUCGGAACAUGCGCUCCCGCGACAUCUCUCCGCAGACCGCUCGCGUCGACAGGCUUUUCGGCCUGGGAUUGCCGUCAAUUGGGAUCGGCGACGGCGGAAACGAAAUCGGCAUGGGGAACUUGGCCGACGUCGUUGCCGGAGCCGACCAGCUGCCCGACCAGCCCGCCGCGGUGGGUUGCGAUCACCUGGUCAUCUCCAGCACCUCCAACUGGGGCGGAUACGGGUUGGUCGCGGCUCUUUCGCUAGAGGUUGGCCGCAACCUGCUCCCCAAUGUGGACACCGACGCCGAUUGCAUCCGCUUCCUGGUGGACGCCGGGGCGGUCAGCGGCGUCAGCGGCGAGCACGAUUACCUGGUCGACGAGUUCACCCUGGACGAAAACGCCGCGGUGUUGACCGAGCUACACGAGUUGGUGGACUCCCGGUUGGCAUCCGGGUCGGAUGGGUAG